GCGUCAUGAUCGAGGGAGAGGUGCAGAGAUUCCUCGUGGGAUGCGCGCUCGCCGCGUUGAACCUUCUGUACGCGCGUGAGGUGGUCAUCAGGGCGAAAGUACCGCCAGGAUGGGUCAGGCUCAUGCUCUUCCUGCCAUGCCUCGCAAGCCACGUGUACUACCCCGCGAACAAUUUCGACCCCUUGAAGGAGACCAUGGCCUCAGCAGUGUCAUUCACCAACUUUGGUUGGUGGACCAACUUCAAGCUCAUGGGCCUCGCGUUUGGCCGCGGUCAACUCGUCGGCAAGGUUGGGUCCCCGCUCAUGUUCCUGGCCGCCGGGGCGCUGCCCAUCAAAGAGGAAGGCCGUGGCCCGAAACACGGUUCGGGUCGGCGAACCCGGUCGGCGAGCGCUGCGGAGGCGAAGGUCGCGAGGGACCUAUCGCCCAGCGCGACGCUCGCGCGCGCGUGCUGCAGAAUUCCUGUGCUAUGCACCGUAAUAUACGCCGCGCCCAGGCUUCAGGUCGGAUCCUUCGCGCUCAAUCUCUGCUACUCCUUCGGCCUCUACGCAGUCCUUGGAUUCAUCUUUGACAUCGCUGGGCUGGUGUCCAGCACCGUGUUCAGCAUCACGCUCUCGCCCCACUUCGACAAGCCUUUCCUCUCCACGUCCGCCACCAACUUCUGGGCCAAGCGCUGGAACCUGGUCGCGGGGACGCUCUUAAGAGAGGUCAUCUACGAGCCAAUCAUCGAGGGAUCCAUGACGGCGUUGCCGUCGAAGGGGUCAAAGUCGAGAAACCCGCCAAAGCCGUCAACCGCCAGGCGACUCGCGGCCACUACCGCGUGUUUCCUCGCCAGUGGACUGGCGCACGAGAUCAUCAUGUGGUACAUGUGCGGCGCUCGCGAGUUUGGCUGGGAGUGGACCGCGUUCUUCACCGCGCAGGCGCCGCUGUGUGCGCUGGAAUGGUUCAUAAAGAGACAAACAAGGCUCAGGUUUCCGACGCCGCUGGCCAUCGUCGUGUUUCUCACCGUGCAGCUCACCAUCGCCAAGUUCCUGUUCUUUCCACCAGUGGUUCGCCAGGGCCUGGACCAGCGAGUGAUCAACGACGUAAAACGCAUAUUAGGCCUCCCUUGACGGGAAUGUAACUAUAGUCUACCAGAGGCGCGCGUCUCGACUGUAUU